AAAAAUGUGAAACAUUGUUUAGCUUCGUAAUUCCAAACCUAUGGGCCAGCACCUCGAGAGAAAAUAAAAUUUUUCUGCAACUUAGAGAGAGAAAACAACGUGGGAUCUAUUUCCGGUGAGUGUGGUCGACGGUGAGAGAUACAAUUUCGUAGUGGGUACUUUGCAGGCGUGGGCUUCUUCUUAGUUUGCAGUGGGUUGCUCGACGCGUGGGUCUCCGGUCAGAGUAGGCAGUUUCCGACGGUUUUGGGGCUGUUUUUCGGCGGGUUGAUCUCGGUAUCAGAGACUAUAUUGUGCUCUUGGUACAGUGAGUGUUUGGGGGAGUUGCUCAAACAAUUGGUCUCAGUCAAGAGCCGAAUAAUCGUCGUGAUUGAGUAUUAAAUUACAGAUUGUUUAUCUUUGUUGAAAUUCUGUAAUUUUUAUUAGUGAUUGCUAUUAAUAAAAUCCCUCCUACCUGGUUGUCAAAGUUGAUGUAGACCAAAUUGAUUGAACCAUUGUGUUCUUUAUUGCUUUGAUUAUUUCUGCUGGCUGUUGCGUUCUGUUUGGGCAUUGUGUUCUUGAUUAAAUUAGUACAUAAUUUUUACAGUAAUCUAUUUACCAAAGGGUCUGCAAGCAUCAAGACAAGGAGGUUCUGUACCUGUUGAAUGUAGUCAGAGCGAGUUCUUGUACUUGAAAUCUAAUUCAUAUUUUUACCUUUCAAGUCAGUAGCUGUGGAAGGUUAUUAGUAAUGCGUUGCUCAAUUUGGUAUGUCUUAGCUCUAUGUUCCGCCUUUUCCAGACGACCAGUUGCUCGAUCUUCAAUUGUGCGAGGAAUAAGCAGACUUACCAUCUGCCAGCUGCUUUAAAUAGUUACCCCCUUUUUGCCUCCAUCUGCAUCUCACCAUAUUUUUAUACAAUAGAUGGUUUCCAAACUCAUUCACGUGGCUGCAUAUGAAGCUGAAAAUCAUUUUGAGGUCUCUUUGAGACAAGCUUUCGAGCUUCUUGAACCAAAAUUAAGACCUCCGUUUUGUUUGAAGAUCCCAGACCCACAAGAAUACAAGGAGCUGAAUUGGGCUAUUCUCUAUGGGAUUUUAUGUGAACCGCAUUUGGGUAAAACUCAUAUUAAGCAUUUGCAUGCAAUUGUCACGGAUGGUUAUGGUCUGAUUUGUUAUCUGCUUCGAAAGGUUGUUAAUGAACUGUAUCUUAAACUCAUUGAUUGUGCAAAAUGUCAAAUAUUUAUGGUGACUAAGGAAAUGAUAAAGGUAUGUGCUGUAGGGGUCGAUGCUGUUUUGAUAUCUCUGUUGAGGCAAAUUGUUGGUGGGGAUUUUGGUGAAGGGAAUUUAUGGUUGUGUUUUGAAUUGGUGAGUCUACUUUUGAACAGUUGGAGUUAUUUGUUGGAAGAAUUACCAGAGGUUAUGCCAAGUGCAUUAUAUACGUUUUUACGGUUAUUAGCAGAUCACUGUAGAUUUUCUGAUGAAAAAUUGGGGCCUUUGAAGCAAUUGGAGAUUACGUUUUGCAUUAAAGUAAUAAGGGAGCAAUUUCACUUUUGUUUGGAGAUUGGGAGAGAUUUUAUUAGGCUCUUACAAGACCUAGUUUGUGUACCUGAAUUUAGAGAUGUAUGGAAAGACUUGUUAUUAAACCCAAGCAACUUUAGGAGUCCUGGGUUUUCUGAUAUUUCAAAUUUUUACUACACGAGAACUUCAAGUCGAUACUUCUUACUUCGAAUUUCUCCUGAAAUGGAGGCCCAACUGCGUUUUUUAAUGACAAAUGUGAAACUGGGCUCUCAAAACCGCUAUCAGAUGUGGUUUGCCAAGAAGUUUCUACACGGGCCUGAGAGUGAAACGAUCAUUUCUGACAUUGUUCGGUUUAUAUGCUGUGCACACCAUCCUCCAAAUGAAGUCAUUCAGUCUGAUAUUAUUCCGAGAUGGGCUGUUAUAGGAUGGCUUUUGACAUGUUGUAGGAAGAAAUAUAUUAAAGCCAAUGUAAAACUUGCUCUCUUUUAUGAUUGGCUUUUCUUUGAUGAUCAAACUGACAAAAUUAUGAACAUUGAGCCUGCAAUGCUGUUAAUGGUAUUUUCUAUACCUAGAUAUAUUGAUAUGGUUCACACUCUUCUUGAAUUUCUAUUUCUUCUUGUGGACAACUAUGAUGUGCAAAGGAAGGAUAAAAUAGCUUUGGGUGUCUCUUCAGCUUUUAGCGCACUUAUUGAAAAAGGAGUAAUUUCCUCAUUGGACACUUUGAUUUCUUUUGGCGGCAUUUCUCCAUUACUACGAGACAGGCUUAGGAUACUUUCAUCAUGUAAGAACUUCCAGGUUUCAAAUGAAGUACAAUUAUUUGUACCUGAUCACUCUGCAAAGCCUCUGCCUUCUUCGACUAAAUCCUGCUCAGGCAUAAUAGAUUUGGAAAGCCAUCCUAGCCGCAUUGUAGGCAAUCUAAAUUCUACAUCUGGUGGUGCUUCUGUUCCUAUUGUGGAGGAUGCAUCUGCCUCUCAUCAUUCAGUUGCAACAAAUGUACAGCAAUGUGACAAGAUAGAAAUUUUGGUGAAAAAUCUUGGUGAAGUUACUAGAAAAUCUUAUAAAAUGGGCCUCAAAACUCUGGAAGAACUUCUAGUUUUAUUUCUCUCACUUGAUGACAAUGCACAAGAUAGCAGUACAAUUUUUUCCCCUGAAAUACUGUCUUCCAGAAUCUUAAAUACAUAUGACUCAAGUGGGCAUAAACUAUUUUGUGCUCUUGAAUUACCUCCAAAUGGUCCCGGUUAUGAUGAUGAAAUAGAAUCUGCCACUGCCUUAAUAGUUCGUACCUUCAUCUUUCAUCAUGAAAAAAAUAUACAACAAUUGCUUUUAUUUUGUUCUAGGAAUGGUUUGCCUGUGGGAGCGCGAUUGUUAUCUUAUGUAACUCGAUUGGCUUAUGAGGUGAACAAAGCAGGUUUAACAGAAAAUGUUGAGUUUGAGAACAGUGAGAAAGCAGAAAUUGAUUCAAAUGCCCAGUUAUUGUUGUUCCACGUGAAUGGAUACUUUUCUUUUAGAAAUGGUAUGGGAGAAAACCCCCAAGAAACAGUUCUCUCUUUUUCUGGAACAGACAAGGAGGAGAUUGCUAAGUUGGUAACAAAUGCCUUUUCUGCUUAUAGAUGUUUCCUUGCUUAUUCAAAAGAUAUUUUGCACAAAGAUGCCGAUGUAUCUUUAACCAAGGUCUUCUAUCGUGAUUUGAUGUCCUGUGUGGAAUGGAAUGCAAGGAGAGUGAAAUUCUUAUUCCAUUGCAUUUUUGAUCUUCUCUCAGAUUUAUGCAUAUGCAAGGAAGAGAUUGUUAAAUUACUUGUUACCCUGUUGGAUGACACUGAUCUUGUUAAUAUGCAGUUCGAGAUUAUUGCAAAGAAAUUUUCUGUGUUUGGUAAGGACAUUAAAUCUAUUUUUCUUUUAGUUAAGAACUCUCUGAAUUGGGGUUGUCUCGAACAACGUAAACUCUGGGGCUUGAUAAGGUCCGAGCUUAUAGUUUCACAGGUUCGGGUCGAGAACAUAGUUUCUAAACUUUUUUGCUUGGGAGUAUUAGAUGCAAGCAAGCAUGGCAUUGCCAUUGAAGGUCUUCUAAACUUGUGCUGUUAUAAUGCACCAUCGCCUGAGUUUGUUGAGGCAAUCAUGUUGUUACCCAAUGAUGCAUUUGAUGGCUUCUCAGCCGCAGUUUUGGCUUCCUGGGCUGUAUCGAACGAGUCGAUGCUAUUUCAUAGCCUGGUUGAUUUUGCAGGGAAACUUGGGAAGAUGAAUGAAAGUGAGGUUGUGGUAAAUCAUUCUGCAGUUUUAUGGUUGGUGAAUCAUUUUAGACGAAUCUGAGGAAGUGGAGAAGAAAAAUUACGAAAUCCGAUCCAUGGGAAACCACGAAAAUGAAUCUGUGGUGGUAUCCAAAUGUGAUUGACCAAAUAUUAGAAUUUUUAGUCCAAGGGAGAAUCUCACUGAGUGGCUAUCAAGUUGGUACAAUACGAAUCAAGGGAAACCACGAAAGCGUACAAGAGUGUAAUGUUUAAGUGCAUAACUCUGCAACUACUUGUAUUUGUAUUAUCUUUUAUUUCAUUUAAUUAUGACAUGUUUGAGAGUGGUUCUGAAAUAAUUAAAAUUACUCUUGUCAUUUUUAAAAUAAGUUGAAAAGUUCUUUUAAUGAUCCCAAAAUGCAAAUCAAUUUUAAAUAAUAUGAAAUUCUGUUUGAAAGUGUAAAAAUUGAAUUGAUUUUGAGUAGGUGAGUUUCAGACUGAUUUUAAACAUGAAAAAUUGAUUUUAACAAUUUCAAAAUCACUUCCAAACAUGUUCUUCACAGUAAUUUUUCAAAAACUUAUUUUGUGGAUAUAUCCAUGAUCUCAAUCAAAGUGGUCAAAUAUUGAGUUGGUGUUGCCAAGUCUGUGUCUUGCAGAGUAUAUUUAUAAAUAGGGUUAAGGACUUUAGACCCAUCAGCCUUGUUACAAUCGUGUAUAAGAUCAUAGCUAAGGUGUUGGCUAGUAAACAGAAGAAGGUUCUCUUUUGGACGAUCUCUAUUUCUUAGGGCCAGUUCACUGCAGGAAGAUAUUCUUGACCAGACCCUUAUACUAAUGAGGCUAUUGGAGAUUAUAGAAGAGGGAGUCAUCACUAAGAUUGACUUUUAGAGGACAUAUAACCAUAUGGUCUUGACCCUGCAAAGGAAGACUUUGGGUAUACAUAAUAUUGGAUAUGGAGUCGCAUCAAAGUGGUAAAAUAUUCUGUUCUAUCGUAAAUGGAAGGCCUAGGAGUAGGAUUUGAGCUUUGGUAGACCUUGGAAUGGACUAUAUUUUGGAUUUCAUGCAUCACUAUUUUUCAUAAGUAUGUUGCUGAUUCAUAUAAUUCCAAGCAGUAAUAUAAUUUUAAUUUUUUUAAUAAUGUAACUGUAAUCUAUUUUCAUUGUGUGGUUUUAAUUGGCGGAUAGUGUAUUAGCUAUCGUUCUGAAUUUUACUUGCACUCCCACUGCAAAGAUUCUAAGUACAUCUUUAUGAUUUCAGGAUGAGUGUAUUUUAAUAUAGUUCUCGGGGAAAAGGGAGAAGCACAUUAAGCUGAGGCACGUCUCUAGAAUUAUUUCUGGGGAACGGACUGUAAGUCUUCAAUUCAAAAUAAUUAUUGUUUGUUAGUCUGCAAUUUAAAUUAGCUGUUAUUUUUAGUAUCCAAUUCAAAAUAAUUAUCAUUUGCUAGUAUCAAGAAUAAUUACCAUUUGCUGGUCUACAAGUGUAAAUUGGAUGUUUCCUAUGAUAUUGCUUGAUGGUCCAAUAGUAAACAUUAAUGCAAUUGUAUGUGAGUGAAGAAGGUAAUAUAUCAUUACUGCCGUGUUUAAUUUUCUGAACUUUUAUUAUUUGAAUAUUAUGUAAGUUGAUUAUAGUUACAACUUUUCAGUUUCAAUUUUAUGGUUAAAAAAGUUCAGAAUGCUAAUGACUAAUGAGUUGUCAUUUUCAUUUCAUUCUCUUGCUUCUUUUUCCCUCCUUCCCUUAGAUAAGAAUGCUUAUACUUUGUCAAUAUCCUUAGUUUAGAUAUGAAAGAAAUUUGAAGAUUCUUUUUUCCUUUUUCGUGACAACCCUUUUGACCCUACAACAUUUGAUGUCAAGGAAAUUCAUAGAAAAUAAAUUCUUAGGGAGGUUGUCAUCGUGGAUUGAACCUUGGACCUCUUUGGUCAUUUAUUAAGACUAUGACUCAUUUUUACCACUAGGUUAAAUCCAUGAUAGUUUGAAGAUUAUUUUUUUCUCAACAAUCUUCUUAUAUUUUGAUGCUUCAAUAGUACAAUCCCAUUUCGUUGCUAUUAAAUGGUGGCCGUCCUAUCUUCUAAAUUAAAGGUGUGAUAGAUACCUAAUACUAGAGCAGGGGUAUAAGAGUAAUUAGAUAUUUUGGUAGUUACAUGGAAGUAUGGUUAUAAAUAAAGAAGUUGGUAAGGGAAGGAGGGGUGAGAUUUUUUGGUUGAGGAAGCCUGCAACAUUCCUUGCAACAUUCCUUGAAAGAAAGGAAGGACAUAAGGUUAGGGUUUCUUUUAAUUGUUCUCGAGUCUCUGCAGUUUUAUUACAGUUCGUUUGCUUUUAUUAGUUGUUCAAGGAUUGAAUUAUCAGCCCUUUUUCUGUAAUUUUCAUAUUAUAUCAAUAUACAGUUGGUGUUCUAUCAAAUUGGUAUCAGAGCACUCAUUCUCUGGGAAAUCGAAGGAAAAUGGCAAUCACAGCAACUUUGAGAUCCAUAGCAAAGACUAUUGAGCGAUAAAGGUUCAGGCCGAGGAGAACCAACAGUUGUUUUUAAAAUGUGCGUUGAACUCAUGGAGAAGAAAGAAAAGACAAAGAGAGAAAGAGAAGAUUCGCUAAUGAAAUAUAUUGAAGAUAUGAUACGUGAGAAGUCUACAACAACGAGAGAAACAAAAGAUUUAUUCAAUUGUGAGAAUAAGGUAGAGCAAGUUGAAGCUUCGAUACUUGAAAUAAUUGAGGAAUCGAAGACGAACAAGAAGAUUGUUUAGCAUCAAGCCGAGAAACAAAAACAGCUAUCGGUGAUAGAGAGCACAAUCGACGGAGGAAAGAUAUCGACAAAAAGAACCAAAAACAAGGUACAAACGAAGAAAAUAGAAACUGAAGAGAAAGAGAGGGAUCGAAACAAGUUCGAAUUGCUGGUGUUUAGUGUAAGUAGUUCUGUUGGAAGCGUUUUAGAUGGUUAUCAAUCAUCGGAGGAACACAAUGCAUUCAAGGAUGGGUUGGAAAUGAGACAGAGGCUGUUAUUGCAUUUUCGAUCAGUAAGGGAAGUAGAUGUCGGUGGACGAUCUUUAUCAAUCAAACAAGAAACAAUUGUGGAAGGUUGACGAGAAUUAUCGGUGAGAUCUGAAAGGAAGACUCGAGUGAAAAAAAAGUUGUUUAAGGAAACAGAAAAUGGUUGGUUAUGAUGGAAAUGAAGAGGUCGGAAGUUGUCUGGUUCCGAUGGGAAAAGAAGACGUUUGCAACUGUCUGGAUGCGAAAGAGAAAGAUCUACAGUUGAUUGUUCCAUGUAUACUGCCAUGUCAAUAUUUUUAUCUUAAAAUUUAUGCUUCGUAAUCAUGGUUUUAAUAUUGAAUAACAGCUGAAACUUUAUUUAUUUGAAGCAUGUAUACUGCCAUACUUCUUUGAGAAAAGAAUAGCCAUUAGUAAAACUUUUCCUGUAUAUGUUUGUAACUUGUACUCAUUUGAAGUGAAUCAGUGUGUGUUUCUUCAGCA